UUGGCCUAAAACCUCUGGAUAUUUGCAGCAAUUAGCCAUUAGGUGCAUUGAACCGCACCCAACUGUCCAAAUUCAACUUGAAUGAGUAUCCCAGGUUUCAUUACCUAGCCUUCUCUAGCACGAGUUAACUUUGGCUGUCCAACAAAUUUGGUUGCUCGAUCGAUCAGGUCGGGUCCUAGGAAUCACAUUUUGUGCAUUUCUUGAACACUUCCUCUGCCUCAUCAAGAUAUCGUUCAACUUGGUUUGGCUUGUGUGACCGAUAAAAACAAGCAAGAAUCUUUGUUCCCACAACCUAUCUCCCCGUAGAGAUUGUUGCCUGCCCUAUAAUAUAUUCCUUCUUUUAUAUAUAAGAGGCAAGGCAAGGUUUGCCUUUUGUUGGUAUAGAUGAAAGUCCUGAGUUUGGGACAAUGAAUCUUGGGUGGUGGAGACUUUUUGGCGCUGCCUUUGCUGGAUUUCUCUUCUUUCAUGGCUUUUCUGCCUCUGAGAAAGCUCCGAACUUCUCCUUCAUGCACAAUGCAACAUCAGCUCCAACCUUAUCAUAUUACGACUACAUUAUUGUCGGUGGUGGCACCGCCGGAUGCCCAUUAGCUGCUACAUUAUCUCAAAAUGCCACCGUCUUGCUCCUUGAACGAGGUGGCUCCCCCUAUGGUAACCCCAUCAUCACCAACAUGGCCAACUUUGGUGCUGCCAUCUCCGACCUUUCCCCAUCGUCCCCUUCACAACGGUUCAUCUCCGAAGAUGGCGUAAUAAAUGCACGUCCUCUGGUUUUAGGGGGCGGAAGUUGUCUCAAUGCAGGGUUUUACACACGCGCUGCCAUUGAAUAUGUCAGACAAGCGGGUUGGGAUGGAAGGUUAGUGAAUGAAUCAUACCAGUGGGUGGAGAAAUUAGUAGCAUUUGAGCCACCAUUGGGGCAAUGGCAGUCUGCUGUAAGGGAUGGUCUGAUUGAGGCUGGGGUGGUGCCGUUCAAUGGAUUCACUUAUGACCAUAUCUAUGGGACCAAAGUUGGUGGAACAAUAUUUGAUCAACAAGGGAAUAGACACACAGCCGCAGAUUUAUUGGAGAAUGCUAACCCCAGUGGGCUUACUGUCCUUUUGUAUGCUUCUGUGCACAAAAUCUUGUUUGCAAUUAAAGGGAAAAGAAGACCAAAGGCCCAUGGAGUGAUUUUCAGAGAUACAUCAGGGGCCAAGCACAGUGCAUAUCUCAAUGACGGAUCAAAAAACGAGAUCAUUGUGUCUGCCGGAGCACUGGGAAGCCCACAGCUGUUGAUGCUGAGUGGAGUAGGGCCUGCAGUCCAUCUAAAGGCCCACAACAUUACGGUGGUGCUAGACCAACCCCUGGUUGGACAAGGAAUGUCUGAUAACCCCAUGAACGCCGUUUUUGUCCCGUCUCCUCUUCCAGUUGAGGUUUCACUUAUCCAAGUCGUUGGUAUUACCCAUUUUGGAAGCUACAUUGAAGCCGCUAGUGGCGAAAACUUUGCUGGUGGUGGUGGUUCUUCGUCUCCAAGAGAUUAUGGGAUGUUCUCACCUAAGAUUGGUCAGCUCUCCACGGUACCACCAAAGCAAAGGACCCCAGAAGCCAUAGCCAAAGCUGUAGAAUACAUGAAAAAUCUUGAGCAGGCAGCUUUUAGAGGUGGAUUUAUCCUGGAAAAAAUUAUGGGUCCAAUUUCAAUAGGCCAUUUGGAGCUUCGAACCCGUAAUCCAAACGAUAAUCCAUCGGUUACCUUCAAUUAUUUCAAGGAUCCUCGAGACCUGAAAAGAUGUGUCCAAGGAAUUCAAACCAUAGAGAAAAUUAUUGAAUCAAAGUCUUUCUCUAAAUUCAGAUAUGACUAUCUGUCUUGGCCAGUACUUCUCAAUAUGACAGCAAAUGCCCCCUUAAAUUUGUUGCCUAAACAUUACAAUCCGUCAAUGCCACUGGAAGAGUUUUGCAAGGAUACUGUCAUGACUAUAUGGCACUAUCAUGGAGGCUGCCAAGUUGGUAAAGUUGUUGAUCUUGACUAUAAGGUUCUUGGUGUGGAUGCUCUAAGGGUUAUCGAUGGAUCCACGUUCAACUACUCGCCUGGGACUAAUCCUCAGGCCACUGUCAUGAUGCUUGGAAGGUACAUGGGUGUCAAGAUAUUGGGUGAGAGAUUAGCCAAUUAAGAAUCCAAGUGAUUGAUGAUGGUUUAAUUUUCUUUCUUUUGUUGAUAAAGAAAUGAUGUUCUUGACUAGUUCUAACUGUUUAAACCAUUUGUCAAUAGCUGCAUUUAUGAAUGGUUGACAUCGAGAAAAUGUUAUUUUUUUGUGCUGCAAUUGUUUUACCUUAUGUCAUGAUAAUUUAGUUCUGUGAUGGAUAGCAUGUCAAGAUGAAGAAAAGCAGAACAUAUAUGAAAAAACAAAAUGCAAUAAGAAAUUUAACACUACUAUAGCUUUAUAGUUUCCAGAAUAGAAAAUUAA